UUAAUUUAAUUGCGAUCCAGAGGUGGAAGAACUGACGAAGCAGCCUCCUCCUCGAUCGCCGAUCUCGAUCGCUAGGCGGAGUUUCUGACCACAACCUUGAGCAUUUGGAAGGCUGGAGCUGGGUAGAUGGCUUGAGAUGUCUUUUGUAAAAAAAAAUGAGAAAAGUUACAAGCCGAUUCCAGAAACUAUCUUAGCACAACAGUACUUCUCGUGGCUCCCAAUUUUUCCAGGUUUCUUCAAGUUCAUUCAGCCCCACCAUGUCGAACAUGGAUGCCAAUGAACAUGAGAAUCAAAAUGAGGAAAAUGGCAUGCCAUCAGCCCAACAGGAGGAAGAAGCAAUCAAGAAGAAAUAUGGAAGAAUGGUACCCAAAAAACCACCACUGAUAUCCAAGGCAAGUCUUGAAGUGGAAGUUUCACUUCAGUUCUAUAGACAGUUUAUUUUCCUUGAAUAUUCAUUCCACAACCAACACUAUCGAAUUCUUAUGCAGGAUCAUGAACGUGCAUACUUUGAUUCUGCAGAUUGGGCUUUAGGGAAGCAAGAUGGGCAUGCUCAGAAACCGAAGGGACCUCUUGAAGCACUUCGUCCAAAGCUGCAGCCCACACCUCAGCAGCAAGUUCGUUCACGCCGCUCAGUGUAUGCAUCUGCUGACAAUGAAGAUGGGGGAAAUGGUGCUUCUGAGGAAAUGAACGACAAUAACAACUAUGAUCAGUAAUGGCAUCAUCAGCAGUUUUAGUUCUUUUAUAAACCAUUCAGAGUUAUUUAUUAGAUCUAGAUCCCAUGAGUAAGAAUGCCUUUUCAUUGGAUUUUUGCUUUCAAUGAAAGUAAGAUUUAUCCAACUUUGUUUCUUAAGCAUACCGUGAUGUAGGAACGAUAGGCUAAAGUGCCAAUGCCCACAAACCAUGUUCUAGUUUUCGAGAUAAUAUUCUCACAUUGAUCUUUCGCAAUUCUUUUCAUAGUUAUCUUAUACACAACCCAUCGGAGUUGUUGGAAGACUGCAAUGUGAAUCACAACUAACUGGGCUGAACUUGAUAUCUACCUUGCAAAUUGUUACGGGUUAUGACAAGCGGAUUUAGGAGGUGAUAAGGAUAUCAAAAUUAAGAUGAAGUGAUGAUUAAGGUUGAGGUAGGGUGAAUGUUUAUUAACUAGUUCUGAUUGAUUGCCCUACAUUAAAGUCCUGAGAGCGUGUCCGAGCAAUUCUUUGAGCAGAAUGCUCAGAUAGGGGUCAUAAAUCCAAUCCAACAUAAGGGUGCCUGUGUGCGCUCGAUCGGGCACAGUCCGAUCGAGCUUAAAGGUACUCAACCUUGUAAAGUCAUUAAUGUACGAUUAAUCGAAUGAGUAUAAGUGCGCGCUCGAUCGGGCAAAGCCAGAUCGAGUUUAAAGGUACUUAGCCUUGUAAAGCUUAGCAUACGAUCGGUUGAACGAAGACCGAAUGAACAUAAGGGUGCUUGUGUGCGAUUGAUCGGACAAAAUUCGAUCAAGCUUAAAGGUGCUCAGCCUUACAAAACUUCUAACAUUCGAUCGGCUGAACGAACAUAAGGGUGCUUGUGUGCACUCGACCGGACAAAGCCUGAUCGAGCUUAAAGGUGCUCAGCCUUACAAAGCUUCUAGUAUAUGAUUGAUCGGGAUAUAUUCUUAACAGAAGGUAUGUUCAAUAUGCGAUCGACUUAACGACCAGUCGGGAUAUAUUCUUAACAGAAGGUAUGCUCAAUAUGCGAUCGACUUAACAACCGGCUAGGAUAUAUUCAACAUAAGGUAUUUUUAAUGUGCGACCGGCUUAAUGAUCGGUCGGGAUAUAUUUUUAACAGAAGGUAUGCUCAAUAUGCGAUCGGUUUAACGACUAACCAAGAUAUAUUCAACAGAAGGUAUUCUUAAUGUGCGAUCGGCUUAACGAUCGAUCGGGAUAUAUUCAACAGAAGGUAUUCUUAAUGAACGACCGACUUAACGACCGACCAAGAUAUAUAUUCAACAGAAGGUAUUCUUAAUGUACGACCAGCUUAAUGACUGACCAGGAUAAGUUCAAUAGAGGGUAUUCACAAUAUACGAUCGACUUAAUGAUCAAUUGAAAUAUAUUUAGCAGACAAGUAGUCGACAAUCUAAUGACAGCCUACCAAACUUGUCGGGAAAUAUUCUCUCGAAGAUUCUUCGUUAAUCAAUUAUAGUGAUACACUCCUUUGCAUAUGUCAUCAGGGGUGCAAGUCAUAAACGACAAAGAAGGUACUUCUGGGGUAGAAAAGUGAUUUCUCGGAGAUUAUUGCACGAAGUCUAGGUUGUACUUCUCUCAUUUUUUAACAAACUCUAACAAAUCGGGGACUAGCUCAUGAUGGCGGAGGUUAUGUAAGGUGGUAUAAAAAGAGGAAUUCUCUCCGUUAGAAAGGGACGUAAACAGAAGCACUUGCAUCUGAAACCCUACUUCCCUGCAUUUUCUGUUAAUGUUCUUCUUCCACUUUCGAAGAGAGGAGACUGACUUGAGCGUCGGAGAGCCUAGCCAGGAUUCCCACCCCAGACUUAGGUUACUAAUGCUUUGUUGGCUCGUCUCUCUAUGUGUAGGAUCGUUGAUGAGUUCUCUUCAGAUCUCGAGAAAUUUCUUGUUCGUUGAACCAUCACAUACAGGAACCAACGUGUUGUCUCAUCGCCUUCAGACAUGAUCAAAUUUGAUGCCGUCUGUGGGAACUCUUUGCCUGAAUUUGAAGCUUUGCAAUGGAAGAAGCUGGAAAACUUAAUACCAUAACCUUAACGCAAGAAGAUCUAGAGUUGCUCAUCAACGCCAAUGCGCAGAAACUACUCCAACAACAAUAGCAAGCCAACAUUGAUGAUAUGUUGUCACCUCUAAAUCUGGAAGCAUCAACGACCGCUCAUCAAAGAGAAAGAGGGUUACAGGAGGAGGAUUUUGCUCGCUUGCCUCUUGUGCCUCUCUCACCAACUCGACGCCCCGAGUUCUUUUUUGUACACUAUUAGAACAGUUGGGCCAAGGAAUAAUACCUUAGGAGCCUUUUGAAGAGGUACUUGUGCGAGAGGGGUAUAGACGAAAAGUGGUGGUCCGUGAUAGUUCCCCUGAGCGAGUAGCUACUCUAUUUUCUCAGAGGGUGUUGGAUGAUCCAUUGGUCAAACGUUAUCAACACCUGAAUAUAGGAGAAUAUUCAGGAACUACCGAUCCAGAGGAUCAUCUCCUCAAAUUUGAGCACGCCGCCUUAUUUCAACAAUUAACGGACGGUGUGAAAUGUCGGAUGUUCCUCACCACAUUUGGCGGAGUAGCCUAACGAUGGUUCAAGUAGUUGCCAGAUAAUUCUAUCCGUCGCUUCAAAGAUUUUCGUAAGGUAUUCCUCCAUCACUUUUUUAGUAACCAAAGGUAUUAGAAAAUCUCCUGGAGUCUCUUCUCAUUUAAACAGGGGCCCAAGGAGUCCAUUAGAGCCUACAUCAAGAGGUUCAAUCAGGUGGCCAUGGAUGCUCCCACGACCACCACGAAAAUUCUGACAAAUGCUUUCUCUCAAAGACUUAAUGAUAAUAAUUUCUUUAAGGAUUUGGUUAGAAAACCUUCAGCCAACUUUGAUUUAUUGAUUGAACGAGUAACUGAAUUCAUUAAUGUGGAAGAAGUCUGAUGAUGUGUCAAAUGAGUUUUGUAUUUUGAUUCAAAUUGAUUGGUUUUAGGGUUUAUUUUAUUAGAGUAAUUGAUUUUGGAGUUAGAUUUUGUUAUUCAAGAUAUAUCUUGAGCUUAUUCAAUUAGUUACUUUUUAUUCAUGAUUUGUGCUUCAUAUAUUUUAAUAUUGGUUGUAGUGAAGAUUUUGACUCAUUAAUCACACUUGGAUGCACUCAAGCUAGUUAGCUUGGACAUGGAUUCGACCCGCGUCAAUGUAUUGCUGAACUUAGUGGAUCGAAUUAGUUGAUGUUGUACCCGAACAGAACCAAGCCACUGAACCAAACCAAACAGUGAACUCGACCCGGAGCUAAGUUCAAGAACGAAGCUACGGCACGAUGAGCAGUGGCUUGCGCUCUUGUUCACCGUGCCACUUCUUCCUCCUCACGGUCACAAGCUCCAUUCACAUUCCAGAUCCCAAAUCGCAGUUUCAUCUUAAUCAGUGAAUUCAAACUUAACCAGCAAUCAGCGAACGAAGGAUGGACUGCGAACAGAGGGUGUUCCCCAGAUUCGCAAUUU